CGAUUGAAUCGUUGAAAUCAAAUAAAAAUUAUUUGGUUUUUUCCUAUAAAAAAAAUCAUUUUUUUUACAACGCAUUUACUUGCUAUUGUGGUUGUCGCUGGAAUCACAACGUAUUUUUUUUUCAUCUCCUGAUUAACAAAAAAAAAAAAUCAUACAAUAACCAGAAUCGAAAAUGAAAUUGAUCGUUUUAUCAUCAUUGGCCAUCAUCAUGAUGAUGAUGGCCAAUAUGGCCAUUGCAAAAGAAUUAUUUCGUAUACCAUUACAACAUACACAAACAUUUCGUUCACGUUUGCUUGAAGUUGGUACGAAUGUCAAACUAGCACUUUUGGAUCAUCAUUUUCAUCAUUGGACAAAAUAUGGCCCAUUUCCAGAACCAUUGUCCAAUUAUGCUGAUGCACAAUAUUAUGGUGAAAUUUCUAUCGGUACACCGCCACAAAAAUUCAAAGUAAUAUUCGAUACUGGUAGCUCGAAUCUAUGGAUUCCAUCGAAAAAAUGUAGCUACACCAAUAUUGCCUGUAUGUUACAUAACAAAUAUGAUAGUAGCAAAUCAUCGACAUACAAAGCGAAUGGUACUGCAUUUGAAAUUCGUUAUGGUACUGGUAGUAUGACUGGAUUUCUCAGCACCGAUACGGUGUCCAUCUCUGAAAUUGCCAUCAAAGAUCAAACAUUUGCUGAAGCUGUAAAAGAACCAGGUGUUACAUUUAUUUUCGCCAAAUUUGAUGGUAUUCUUGGUUUAGGUUUCGAAACAAUUAGCCAAGAUCAAGUACCAACAGUUUUUGGUAAUAUGGUUCGUCAAGGUCUGGUAAAAGAUCCAGUGUUUUCAUUCUAUUUGAAUCGUGAUGAAAAUGGUAAAGUUGGUGGUGAAAUCAUUUUUGGUGGAUCGGAUCCAAAUUAUUAUGAUGGUAAUUUUACAUAUGUUCCAUUGAGUAAAAUUGGCUAUUGGCAAUUCAAUAUGUCAUCGGUGAAUAUUGAGAAUAAAGAUGAUAAAAUUGUCGGCCAUCUUUGUGAAUAUGGUUGUCAAGCUAUUGCCGAUACUGGUACAUCAUUGAUUGGUGGCCCUAAUGAAGAAGUCGAUCAUCUGAAUAAAGCUUUGGGUGCAAAUGGUCCAAUCAAAGGAAUCUAUACGUUCAAUUGUAGCAAAAUUAACGAUCUACCAAAUAUUGUAUUUAAAAUUGGUGGUAAAAAUUUUCCAUUAACACCACAACAAUAUGUUAUGAAGAUGCAAGCAUUAGGACAAACAGCAUGCAUUUCAUCAUUUAUUGGUUUACCACCAGAAAUUGGUGAUCUAUGGAUAUUGGGCGAUGUAUUCAUUGGCUAUUAUUACACGGAAUUUGAUUAUGCUAAUCAUCGUGUUGGUUUUGCUAAAACUAAAAACUAACUCUUUCCACUUAAAUUUCCACGAUUGAUUGAUUGAUAUAAAAAUAAAAAUUUGAAAUUCUUUUUCGCUUUUUAUUAA